UCAUGUGACCACUUCAUCUGUCAUUCACAACAGUUCAGUUCAACAUGGCGACAGCGACGUCUGUCUUCCACAGAGUGAGAACUGGAUCGAAAAUAGGCGCCCAGUAUGACCAAGAAGGCAACCUUAUUCAGGUGGAAACCAGAGAAGAUGAAGAGCAAAGCAUCAAGUUGGCUGAGAUCCUAGAGCUCCUGCUGGCAGCUGGUUACUUCAGAGCCAGAAUCAAAGGACUCUCACCUUUUGAUAAGGUGGUUGGGGGUAUGACCUGGUGCAUUACCACAUGCAACUUUGACAUUGAUGUGGAUCUUCUUUUCCAAGAAAACGCAACCAUUGGCCAGAAAAUAGCCCUGACGGAGAAAAUUGUUUCUGUGCUUCCCAAGAUGAAGUGUCCUCAUCGCCUGGAACCCCAUCAAAUCCAAGGACUGGAUUUUAUCCACAUUUUUCCAGUGAUACAAUGGCUGGUGAAACGUGCCAUAGAAACGAGGGAAGAGAUGGGUGACUAUGUGAGAAUGUACUCCAUAUCUCAGUUCCAGAAGACGCACAGGCUCCCAGAGGAUGAAACAUUUCUACAGAGGAAAGACAAGGCUGUGAAGGCAUUUCUGAAUGUCCUGGAAGUGUACAAACCACAGAGAAAGUACAGGAGGCAGAAGGAUUUGGGACAUCUGCUGGACGAAGAAUCCAGGGUUCAUUCUACACUGCUGGAAUACGGCAGACGAUAUGGCUUCAGCAAGCAGUCAAAAGAGGGCAAGGUGGAUGAGGGGAAGGCUUUGCUGGCCAAUGACUCUCAGUUGGUGCCUCCUGGGAUGUCAGACGUGUCAGAGGAAGAAGACCUGCAAGCAGCAGAGGAGAUGCGAAUCAAAACUCUGAUGACCAGCAUGGCUUGUAUGGCAAAGGAAGAGGGGAAGCUCACAGUGAGUGCAGUGGGCCAGAUAGUGGGACUACAGUCUGAGGAGAUUAAACAGAUUGCUUCUGAGUAUGCUGAGAAGCAGUCAGAGAUGGCAUCAGAGGAGCGUUCUGAGUGCUAUGGCCCACUGCAGCAACACCGCAGGGCAGUCGCCUCUCUCACCAAGCAGAUCCAGCAGACGAGUAAACAACUGGAAGAGCUACAAGCCAGGCAUGCAGAGGUGAAGACAGGCUGGGAUGAAGCCAAGAGGAAACUUAUGGAGGCAACAGAGCAAACAAAGAAGCUGGAAAAAGAGUUAAAGUCUUUAGAAGAGACGGAGGAGCAGGCUGACAGUGGCUUGUUGGAGAAGCUGAGGGCUCUGGUAACAAUGAAUGAGAGCUUGAAUCAGCAGGAGCAGGAGUUCCGCACGCACUGUAGAGAAGAGAUGGUCCGCCUGCAGCAGAACAUCAAGGAGCUGCAAAUGGCAUCAGGGCAGGAUUCAGAGGACGAGAAGGAGAGGAACCAGCUGAUAGACAAACAGUAUAACACAGACAGAGAGAAACUACAGAAGAUCCGUCUGCUCAUGGCUCGGAGGAACCGUGAGAUUGCCAUCCUGCAGAGGAAGAUUGAUGAGGUCCCAAGCCGGGCUGAGCUGACCCAGUACCAGAAAAGAUUCAUCGAACUCUAUAGCCAAGUUUCUGCAACACACAAAGAGACCAAGCAGUUCUUCACUCUGUAUAACACAUUAGAUGACAAGAAGAUCUAUCUAGAGAAGGAGGUAAAUCUGCUGAAUUCCAUUCAUGACAACUUCCAACAGGCCAUGUCAUCUUCAGCAGCCAAAGAGCAGUUCCUCAGACAGAUGGAGCAAAUUGUGGAGGGAAUCAAACAAAGCUGCAUCAAGAUGGAGAAGAAGAAGCAGGAGAACAAAAUGAGGAGAGAUCAGCUAAAUGACGAAUACCUGGAGCUGCUCGAUAAGCAGAGGCUCUACUUCAAAACAGUGAAGGACUUCAAGGAGGAAUGUCGGAAGAAUGAAAUGCUGCUGUCAAAACUGAGAGCUAAAGGUGCAUCUUAGUUGUGAAACUACUCUGGUGAUGAGCUGGUGAUCACAGAUUAACGUAUAUGUUAUGAAAUAUGUAUCUCUUCUUCUCAGCAUUCCACGCUCUGUCGCCAUUCUUCUUUCUGUAAAAUGUACACUUAGCCAUUCACAUGUGCCAAAUUUAGCUGCCUGAAUAAACAAGCCUUGGUUAUGGUGUGAUUACAAAGCCACAUGUUCUGAUAACUGGUCUUCAAAUUAACAAUAAGUUGGAGCUUUGUAACCAUCAUCGAAGUGAUGACUUUUUUUUAACUACUCUCUUGAAAACUGUCCCCACAUCAAAUUCCGACACUGAUUAACAACUUUUAUCAGUGUUUCCCAAACUUUCUAUGUAGAGACCCACUUUUUAAAGAUAGCAAACUGUCAUAACCCAAAUCACAAUAUCAUUCACAGCAUUUACCUGUUAUAAAUGUUUAUUUGGUAAAAUAAUUAUUUCCAACACAUGAUUGGUAAAUUAAUUAAAACGUAAUUGUAUGCAUGCUCUAACAUUAAUACACACAUAAAUCUGCUUGGGGACCCAAGAAAAUCCCCUGUGACGCAACUGUGUUUGACAAUCACUGUUUUACAGUGCACUAGACCUCAUUUGUAGUUAAAAUAACACCAUGUCAUCCCCAGGGGUGCCUUAACAUGUUUGUUGAUACAAAUGUUGAUGACAUAGUUCAGAUAUUCCAUCAUAGUACAGUCAUGUGUGAAGUUUGAACCAUUCAUGCAGCUUAAUUCCUUGUGUAUUAAUGUUAUCAUAAUUAUCCAAUCAGUUUAUUUGCCUCUAUCACCAUUGAAUUAUGUGCCGUUCUUAAUAAAUACUCUAAAUAGUUCAUAAAA